CCAAGGUGAUUUUUCUGAAAGGGUGGGUUCCUUAUUUCCUUCGCUUGAGAAUUGGAUGCACAAAUACACCGAUCAUAAGUACUUUGAGCAAGGGUCCAAAUGGAAUAUUUUAGGAUUCUUAGAUGAGUGUGUUCUAGAACCUCUUGAACGGAAAGUAGAGUGUUAUAUUAAGUGUCUCGAAGCAAUUGCUGAUAAUGAAGAAGGACGAGACUGUGAACAAGCAAAACAACUACUGUAUAGAUAUAGAUCGCCAAAAAUUGGGACAAUGAUCGUAAAUCCUCGAUUAACAGUAUUCAAUAAUUCUCUGGGUGUUGCAAGUAUCAAUGGUGGAGCUGUUAUUAUUGGAUCAAUUGGAACAAAGGAAAAGGUGCCGGUAGAGGCAACAUCCUCGGAUGGUAAGCGUGAUUUUGAUAGCACUUUAGAUUCGGAUUUAAUUCCUCCUGUGGAGGUCAAGAAGAUAAAAUCAACCCAAGACCCAUCAUUUAAUUUGAAAGAAAGUGACGAACAAAAUAAUGGGAUUAUGAAGGAAGAAAGUCAGAAAAACAAAUUAAAUUCUGGAAUAUCAUCUGCCUAUGAGGAUAAAGAUGAAGAAAAUUCUUUAGAUGACAAUUCUGAUGAAGAAGAUACAAUUGAACAUGCAGAUAUAUUAUUUAAUUCAUUUAUUGGAUCAAAAACUGAUAACAAAAAUUAUAAAUGGAAAUUUGAAAAUGAUGAAAGUGUAAGAAAUCAGCUUAUAGUUAUGACAAAAAAAGCUAUCGAAGAAGCAAAACAAGCUAAAAAAGUUGACUCAAAAAUAUUGAGUAUUAUAAGGCUGGGACUAUCUUCUAUAAUAGAUCUUUCGUCUGAGUUCAAAGGAGGCAUGCAGACCUGGUUCGGGGAUAAUUGGAUACCAUUAAAGAAAGAAGUAUUAUCAAAAAUUGAUUUGAAAGUUGAAAAGUUUACAGGAGAAGUGUCAGAAUUAAUUACGAAAAUAGAAAAUCUUUGUAGUUCAUACGAUUAUUUGGGGGCACAAAGAAUUGCAUUAGAAAAAAUAAUGGAACGACCCAUUGAUAGUCAAAUGAGACAAAUUGCCAAAAUAUAUUUCAAUAUUAUUGAUUUAUUUCUAGAAAAUCCCUAUAUUUUUAUCAAAAAAGAUGGCCGACCACAAAACCAUACUGAAAUUCAGAGAGAAACAGUUUCACAAGUCACAAAUGAAUCAAAAAGAAAGAUUGAUCUUUGUAUAAGAACCGAAGAUGGUUCGAAAGAGCUAAGCCACUCUGAAUAUGCUCGGGAAGCCACUCUUGCAAAAAUUAUAAAAGAUCAAAGUAAAUUUCUAAGAACAAAUAAAUGCAUACUUGACAAAUAUCUCGAGAGCAAUAUUUCUAAUGAAGCUUUAAAUGAUAUGACAAUUUUUGGAUUACAGCUGGCAG